AUGGCUACUAGAAAAGAUCCCCGCUGUGUCCCUCGAAAUAUAGCCAUAAUCGCCUGUAUUGUGGUAGCAGAGCCGCUAGCAUCGACAUCCCUCAUACCAUUCGUGUAUUUCAUGGUGAAAGGAUUUGGAUAUGAAGAGGCCCAAAUAGGUUCCCGGGUUGGAAUUAUAACGUCUGCAUUCUUCAUUGCUCAAAUGAUAGCAUCUCCGCUUUGGUGCCUGGUGUCUGAUCGUUUUGGCAGACGUAUUAUACUUAUCUGUGGGUUACUGGGUACAUCCUUGAGCAUAAUUCUGUUUGGAUUUUCCCAGUCUCUUGCAUGGGCUGUGGCCACUCGUUCACUAGGCGGAUUUCUCAACGGCAAUCUUCCUAUAGCGAGAACCUAUAUCGGAGAGCUAGCAAAACAGACUGGAUAUGACCUGAGUAAGGUGUUUAGUGUUUUUGGAUUUUCACUUGCUCUAGGAUGGGUUGUCGGUCCUGUGAUAGGGGGCACUUUUGCCAACCCUGUAUCCAAUCUAGGGUUUUAUGGUCCGGGAAACAUCUUUGUAUCCUUUCCAUGGCUACUACCAUGUCUCUUUAGUGGCAUCUUUAGCUUGUGUGCAUGUGUAGUCACCUAUUGUUUCCUCAACGAGACUUUGGAGCGAUCACUUUCUGAGGAUCCUGGAAACCCAGGAUUGACAGACCCUUUGCUGGCGCAAACUUACGACGAUUCGGCCACGGAGAGGGUCUACAAUGCCAUCGGACGGUCAGGCAGCCAGAACAAUAUGGCUGACACUCAAGAUUCUAUUGCUGGUGUUGAGUCUGGAAACUUAGUAAAGUCACGUAUAUCACAGGUCGCUUUCUUAAUAAGUACAGCGUUCUACUUCACCCACCUGAUCCUUUUUGAUGAAUUAUUCUCACUAUUCGCGGCAUCCAGCCUAAGACACGGUACAGGCUUGUCGUUUCGCCCACGACAAAUAGCCAAGGCACUCUCUGUUGCAGGGCCAUCAAUGUGCACCGCAUUGUUGAUUUUCCCAUGGCUGAAGACCAAGAUCAGUUUCUUGUCCCUCUAUCGUCUUACCGCCAUCAUUUUUGUUUUUAUCUAUCCGCUAUUCUCUUUGCUUCCUGAACUCGGAAAUAUCACUGAUGGGAGCCAAGGCGAGCCCGGUACUUCAUUGUGGACUUGUCUACUGAUAUUGAUGGUGGUGCGUUACGCAGUGUUGGCUAUUGGUCUCACAAGCCUACAGGUUGUGGUAGGUUUCCCAUGCGGCGGUGUUGCUAAUUUGAGAUUGCUAACAAAGCUUUUGGCUAGUUGA